UGUGCUGGAGGAUCAAGGCCUUGUUGAGGUUCUCCACCACAGCAGACAUGUACCUGAUGGCCCUGACUUCUUCCUGGUUGAACAUGGUGGAGUCCAGAAGUUCCUGCAGCAUGAACCGCACCUCAGAAACCCUCGCACAGAGAGAACAUCUAUGUGAAAGAGACAUAGCGAUUGGUUACCUCCCGCACGCACCACAACCAGGAUCGAGUCUUCAACCAAGUCGGUUCCCGAUUCUGGUCCCCGGCCCCCAGCAGCGCCUGCCCCCUUCCCACCGGGGCCCCCCAUGAUGCCACCACCCUUCAUGCCCCCUCCAGGAAUCCCUCCGCCCUUCCCUCCGAUGGGGCUACCACCCAUGAGUCAGAGACCACCAGCCAUCCCCCCCAUGCCACCUGGCAUCAUGCCCCCGAUGCUACCACCAAUGGGGUCACCACCACCACUCACACAGAUACCAGGAAUGGUACCUCCCAUGAUGCCAGGAAUGCUGAUGCCUGCAGUGCCUGUCACCGCAGCGACGGCUCCAGGUGUGGACACCGCCAGCUCUGCUGUGACUGGGACAGGCCCUCUGAGGGCCCUAUGGAGUGAGCAUGUAGCCCCUGAUGGGCGCAUCUACUACUACAAUGCUGACGACAAGCAGUCCGUGUGGGAGAAGCCCAGCGUGCUCAAGUCCAAGGCGGAGCUGCUGCUGUCCCAGAGUCCCUGGAGAGAGUACAAGUCGGACACGGGCAAACCUUACUACUAUAACAACCAGAGUAAGGAGUCCCGCUGGACCCGGCCGAAGGACCUGGAUGACCUCGAGGCUCUAGUCAAACAAGAGGCUGUAGGGAAACAGCAGCAGCAGCCCCAGACACUGCAGCCGCAGCCUCCUCAGCCACAGCCUGACCCCCCACCUGCGCCUCCUGGCCCCACCCCGCUGCCGGUGGGCCUUCUAGAACCUGAGCCAGGUGGGAGUGAAGACUGCGCUGCGUCAAAUGCUGUCCAGCCCCUGGAGCAGGGCUUCCUGCAGCAGCCAGAGGAGGGCCCCAGCAGUUCUGCUGGACAGCAUCAGCCCCAACAAGAGGAAGAGGAGUCAAAGCCAGAACCGGAGCGGUCUGGCCUCAGCUGGAGUAACCGUGAGAAGGCCAAGCAGGCCUUUAAGGACUUGCUGAGGGACAAGGCUGUCCCCUCCAAUGCCUCAUGGGAACAGGCCAUGAAGAUGGUAGUCACCGACCCCCGUUACAGUGCCUUGCCCAAACUGAGUGAGAAAAAGCAGGCAUUUAAUGCCUACAAGGCGCAGCGGGAGAAGGAGGAGAAGGAAGAGGCGCGGCUGAGGGCCAAGGAGGCCAAGCAGACCUUGCAGCACUUCCUGGAGCAGCACGAGCGCAUGACCUCCACCACCCGCUACCGGCGGGCAGAACAGACCUUUGGGGAGCUGGAGGUCUGGGCUGUGGUCCCCGAGAGGGAUCGAAAAGAGGUUUAUGAUGAUGUCCUCUUCUUCCUGGCCAAGAAGGAGAAGGAACAGGCCAAGCAGCUACGGCGCCGCAAUAUCCAGGCCCUGAAGAGCAUCCUGGAUGGGAUGAGUAGCGUCAACUUCCAAACCACAUGGUCCCAGGCCCAGCAGUACCUCAUGGAUAACCCCAGCUUUGCUCAGGACCAUCAGCUUCAGAACAUGGACAAGGAAGAUGCGCUGAUCUGCUUUGAGGAGCACAUCCGAGCUUUGGAGAGGGAGGAGGAGGAGGAGCGGGAGCGGGCCCGGCUUAGGGAGCGGCGCCAGCAACGCAAGAACCGGGAGGCCUUCCAGACCUUCCUAGAUGAGCUGCAUGAGACAGGGCAGCUGCACUCUAUGUCCACCUGGAUGGAGCUGUACCCAGCGGUCAGCACUGACGUCCGCUUUGCCAACAUGCUGGGCCAGCCGGGUAAGACAGCUGGGCUCCCCUUCUCUGGCCUGGCUUCCUGCCCGGCCAGCCUCUCUGCAUCCCUGCUCCUGGGUCCUGACCCGACCCUCAGGCCUCGGGAAGCUGCCACCGCCAGGCCCCCCUCCCUACCUCCUCCCGCAGGCUCCACCCCUCUGGACUUGUUCAAGUUCUAUGUGGAGGACUUAAAGGCACGGUUCCAUGAUGAGAAGAAGAUCAUUAAGGACAUCCUUAAGGACCGGGGCUUCUGUGUGGAGGUGAACACAGCCUUUGAGGACUUCGCCCACGUCAUAAGCUUUGACAAGAGGGCUGCUGCGCUGGACGCAGGCAACAUCAAGCUGACCUUCAAUAGUCUGCUGGAGAAAGCAGAGGCGCGGGAGAGAGAGCGGGAGAAGGAGGCGGCGCGAAGGCUGCGGCGCAGGGAGGCCGCCUUUCGAAGCAUGCUGAGGCAGGCCGUGCCUGCCCUGGAGCUGGGCACGGCUUGGGAAGAGGUCCGUGAGCGCUUUGUGUGCGACUCAGCCUUUGAGCAGAUAACCCUGGAGUCGGAGCGGAUCCGGCUCUUCCGGGAGUUCCUGCAGGUACUGGAGACUGAAUGCCAGCACCUCCACAUGAAAGGCCGGAAGCAUGGCAGAAGGGGCAGGAAGCACCAUUGCAAACGUUCCCAUUCGCCCUCAGGCUCCGAGUCGGAAGAGGAGGAGCUGCCCCCACCGUCUCUCCGGCCCCCCAAGAGGAGGCGGCAGAACCCCUCCGAAUCUGGCUCUGAGCCCUCUUCCUCACUUGAUUCAUUUGAAAGUGGGGGUGCUGCCCUUGGAGGACGGGGCUCCCCAUCCUCCCGCCUCCUCCUUGGAUCAGAUCAUGGCCUCCGGAGAGCCAAGAAGCCAAAAAAGAAAGCUAAAAAGAGAAGACACAAGUCGAACAGUCCUGAGAGUGUGACAGACCCGGAGGAGAAAGCUGGCAAGGAGAGUGAUGAGAAAGAACCAGAACAGGACAAGGACAGGGAGCUCCGGCUGGCAGAGCUCCCUAAUCGCUCCCCCGGUUUCGGAGUCAAGAAGGAGAAGACGGGCUGGGACACGUCAGAAAGUGAGCUGAGUGAGGGUGAGCUGGAAAGGCGGCGGCGCACACUCCUCCAGCAGCUGGAUGACCACCAGUGAACUGACCACCAGCGGCUCUGCCUUGGGUCUGUGGCUACUAGGUCACCCUCACCGCCUGCCCCAGACUUCCUCCUUAGUCUGGUCUGUGUCCGUUUUUCCUCAAGUAACCCCACUCCCAACACCAUUGCCAGCACCUGCCGAGGUUGCUCGUGGUGUCCAACAGUCCCCUACUUCCCGGACAACUAGUGCAGUCCUUGCCCUCAGCCCCACAGACUGGUGGCGUAUGCCACGUGGGGUGGGUGGUGCCAGUAGAUAGAAUGUGAGAAGGGGCCUCCAGGGAAGUGACAGGCUGGUGGACACAGCCUGAGUGGCAGAGGGCGGGGUCCUUCCCCUUUAGCAUCAGUGCCUGCUCCUGCCUGCACGGGGCCCUGGGGCUCCACCACUCCUUCCUCCAGCCCUGGGACCCUGUGUAUGUGUGUUUUGUUUUAUAAAUAACAAUAUUUAUAACAUG